GGUACCGUGACACGGGACGCGUUAAAUAUAAUUUAUAAUUUGAGAUAAACAAACCCGUGUAAAAUCAAAACAAACGCCAUUCGCUCUCCACAAUUCGUCUCACCUGAGACCUCCUUAACUAUGAACAUGUUAUCGUGUAACAGGACUCGCAUUCCGACAUUAUUCCUAUUUGGGACAUAAGGGGGUAUUUAGUAUUUAGUAUUUAGAAUUUUCAAUUUACAAUUUAGUAUUGUGAGCCGCUUUAUACAAAAUCUGUCUGUCUCUCUCUCUGUCUGUCUCUGAUGGGUUGACAAGUGCCGUCGUUGAUGUUUCAUUUCCAUUUCCAUUUCCAUUUCCAUUUCCUUUUCUACUUCACUUUACUUUACUUUACUUUAGAAUCAUCAUCACUGUUCUUUACACCAACCAGCUUUAAUUGACUUAAUAAUCAUCACAUAAACUUACCGAGGAUGAUGUUAUUCAUACUAAUAUUCCAUAUAUUUAUGGUAUCAUUAAGUCAAGGUCAAGUUUAUAUUGGGUUCCCAUUUAAUGAACAAUUACCAAAUGUGGCAAGAAUAAAUGAACCUUAUUCAUUUACUUUAGCUAAUAUAACUUAUAAAUCUUCAAAUAAUGCUCCUAUUACUUAUACUGCCACUAAUUUACCAACUUGGUUAUAUUUUGAUGGAAAUUCAAGAACUUUUACUGGAACUCCAUCGGUAAAUGAUGUAUCUGAAUUUGAAAUUACUUUAUCAGGAACUGAUACUUCUGAUAAUUCAAUAAUUUCAAAUAAUUAUUCAAUGAUUGUUUCAAAUGAUACUGGUUUACAUUUAAGUUCUCCAAAUAUAAUGUUUACUCAAAUUGCUCAAUAUGGUCAAACUAAUGGAGCUGAUGGUUUAGUUGUAUCUCAAGGUCAAACAAUAAAUAUUAAAUUUGAUCAAUCAGUAUUUGAAUCUUAUCCAAAUUCAAAUCGUCCAAUAAUUGCUUAUUAUGGUAGAUCUGCUGAUAGAUCUUCUUUACCACCUUGGAUUGAAUUUAAUUCAAAUGAUUUAUCAUUUUCUGGUACAGUACCUUAUGUAGUAUCUGAUAUUGCCCCAUCUUAUGAAUAUUCAUUUGCAUUUAUUGGAUCUGAUUAUUAUGGUUAUGCUGGAGCAGCCGGAAUUUUUAAUAUAAUUAUUGGAGCUCAUCAAUUAAGUACUUCAUUAAAUGAUACAAUAAAAAUUAAUGGAACUUAUAAUGGACAAUUUGAAAUAAAUAUCCCUAUUUUUACUGAUGUUUAUUUAGAUGGUACACAAAUAACUCAAGGAAAUAUUUCUUCAGUUUAUCCUGAAAAUUUACCAGAUUUUAUUCAAUUUGAUAAUCAAAAAUAUACUUUAUCUGGUACAUUUCCUGAUAGUGAAACUUUUGAUAAUUUUACUAUUAUAGUUGAAGAUAUUUAUCAAAAUACUGUACAAUUACCUUAUUCAUUUGAUGCUAUAAAUUCAGUAUUUACUAUGAAUAAUUUACCAAAUGUAAAUGCAACAAGAGGUAAAUUCUUUGAAUAUCAAAUUUUACAAUCUGAUUUUACAAAUUUUCAAAAUACAAAUGUUUCAGUAAAUUUUGAUUCAACAAAUUGGUUAACUUUUACUCAAUCAAAUUUAACUUUUACUGGUCAAACUCCUAAUGAUUUUAAUAAUUUACAAGUCAAUGUUAAUGCUCAAUCGAAUUUUGGUAAUGAAAGUAAAAGUUUUAAUAUUAUUGGUGUUGAUAAAUUGGAAACUACUUCUUCUUCUUCUUCAGUUAGUUCUUCAUCUACUAGUUCAAGUUCUCACACAAGUUCACAAACAACUUCUACUAGUUCUGCUACUUCAACUGCUACUACUACAGCUACUACUAACUCUGAUAAAUCUAAAUCUAAAUCUUCAACUAAUAAGAAAGCCCUUAUAAUUGGUCUUGCAGCCGGUAUUCCUGGAUUUAUAGCCUUAGUUGCAGCUAUAUUCUUAUUCUGUUGUUGCUUAAAAAGAAGAAAGAAUAAAAAGAAUACUGAUAAUGAAAAGGGGACAAUUCCACCAUCUAGUCCUGAAUUAUCAGGACCUGGAUUUGGUACUACUAUUAAUAAAGCAAAUAAAUAUGAUCAAGAAGAUGAAGAUGAUGAAGAAGAAGAUGCUAAACAAUUAUCUUCAUUAAACGCAUUGAAAUUAGAUAAUUUUGAUGCAGAAAGUACUUCAUCAUCAUUAACUCAAGUUGAUUCAAAUGAUUCUAAAUAUGUUGAUGCCAAUGAUAAACCCAUAAAAUCUUGGCGAGCUAAAGAUGGAUCUGAUAAUAAAAAUCCAUUUAGAAAAUCAGAUGCAUCACUUAGUACGGUAAAUACUGAACAAUUAUUUUCAGUUAGAUUAGUUGAUGAUGGAUCUUAUAGAUAUUCUCAAGGUUCAUUAUUAUCACCUAAUUAUAUGAGUAAUAAUUCAUUAAAUGGACUUUUAACAAGAGAUACAUCAGGAAAUAUUCAAAGAUUAGAUAGUGAUGGAAAUAUAGUUGAAUCUAAUCAUUCAACUAGUCCUAAAAAGGAAAAGGGAAUGUCUCGAGAUACAUCUAAUUUAGAUAUAUUAGUUGAAGAAAAUUCUCGAGAUUAUAGUAAUAAUACUAUAUAUCAUAGUGCUAAAAAUGAAAAUGAAGAUGAAGAUCAUCAUCAUCAUCAAUUAGGUCCAGAUGAUACAGAAGGAACCAUAAGUCAUUUAUUAAAUAAAUUUACUAUUAAUUCCCAUUCCAAUUCUGGUAGUGAGAAUGAUAUAAGUCAAUAUAAUAAUGAUAUAGAUGAUGAUACAGAUAAUGAAAAUGAAAAUGAUCAUAAUCAUGAUCUGUAUCUUAAUGGAUUUAAAGCCACUAAAGAUUCUAAUGGAGAAUUUAAAUGGACUACCAAUACUAGUAGAACCAAUUUAAUAACUCCAACUAGUGAUAAAUUUGAUACUAAUGAUACUCCAACCACAAAAGUAAAUCCAUCACCAAUGAAUCAUUCGAAUCAUUCGAAUUAUUCCGGAUUAUCACUUCAUUCUAAUAAUUCUGAACAAUUUUUAAUUAAUAAUAAUAAUCCCAAUAAUAAUAGUAAAGGAGGAUCUAAUAUAACAUUAAAGGCUACUAGUCCUGCUAAAGUAAAAUUGGUUGAAUUUACCAGAAAGGGAAGUUUACGAGAAUCAGCUUACGAGCCAGAUUAUAAUUUCCGAGAACAACGAGGUCAAAUUCAUAAUAAUGAUAGUGAUUAAUCGUUAGUGUUUUCGUCAUUUUGCAUCUAUUCAUAUUUCAUUUGUUUUUCUAAUUUCUAAUAGUUUGUUUGUUUGUCUUUUUAUUCA